ACCUACCCUACAUAUGCCUCAUCCUUUGGCAACUGAGAGAUUAUAAACGGCAAAAUAUACCUACCUACAGCUUGUGUUUAAACAUAGCUGGUUGAACGGAGAUACAAAAAACUCAUCAAAGUGACAUAAUAUUCCUGAACAUCAAACAAAACUUGAAUCUGGCGUGUACGAAUCGAACAUCAUAUAAAAAAGCAGCUGUAAGAAUAUUACCAGCAAGGCAGGUAGGAUAAAGACGGGCUUCGCAGGAUUCCCGUAGUCCAGGUGUAAUUGAAUUCGAGUGCGCGUGCGCAACUCUUGGAUUCUCGGAACAAAACUACUUGUUGCCCUUCGUUGACUAGUCAGUUUGUCUCGCUCUCGAAUUAGUGCAUUUAGCUACAGGAGUUCUGCGGCAACGUGUUGAGAGUUAAUAUUUAUCGUGUGAAGUGACAAUAACAAUAUGGAUCUAACCUGCAAUGAAAAUUUCUCGAACAGUUGCACUGCCGAAAGGGACGCAGCAAUCUUCGAUGAUUCGCGUGUUAUGAAUAACUUGCUCAAUGACGAAGUAUUUUCUAUACCUAGUUGUGAUUAUUUUCAAACGGUCCAGAACGACAUUCAGCCGUUUAUGAGAAAAGUUGUGACGACUUGGAUGCUGGAGGUUUGUGAAGAACAAAUGUGCGAAGACCAAGUCCUUCCGUUGGCGGUCAACAUCAUGGACAGAUUCCUCUGCGUGUGCGUUAUCAAGAAGCAACAGCUGCAACUUCUUGGAGCUACCUGCUUGUUGUUUGUAAAGAACUGGGAACUCUUGGUUCUCUCGAAACUCGAUUGGAAUGCCUCCGCUGUGACCGGAUUCGAUUACAUUGACCAAGUCAUAGAGAGGUUUCCGUGGGGCGCUGAGAACGGUUUGCUUAGAAGCCACGCACGGACCUUGGUAUCGAUCUGCUAUACAG